CCUUGAGCAGGAAGCUCGCGACACCCGCUCCCCGGACGCGUCCAGGACCCACUGCGCAGUGAGCCAUCCUCGGCCCCGGCGUGCGCCCCAGACACGGUGACCCCGGUCUGAGCGAGCCUCCUCCGGGCCCCGCGACCCUACCCGGCCCCGCAGCCCGGCCGCCCUGAGCCAUGGAAGCCGUGGAGUCACAGCCCGACCCGGACGGCGGGGACGGCCCAGGCCACGAGCCCGGGGGCAGUCCCCAGGACGAGCUGGACUUUUCCAUCCUCUUCGAUUAUGACUAUCUGAACCCUAUCGAAGAAGAAACGAGCGCACAUAAGGCCAUCAGCUCACCCUCCGGACUCGCAUACCCGAAUGAUGUCCUGGACUAUGGCCUCAAGCCAUGCAACCCCCUCGCCAGUCUCUCUGGCGAGCCCCCUGGCCGGUUCGGAGAGCCGGAUAGGCUAGGGUUCCAGAACUUUCUGAGCCCGGCCAAGCCAGCAGGGGCUUCGGGCCCAAGCCCUCGGAUCGAGAUCACUCCAUCCCACGAACUGAUGCAGGCAGGGGGGGCCCUCCGUGGGAGAGACACCGGCCUGUCCCCUGAGCAGCCGGCCGUGGCCCUGGCUGGCGUGGGCGCCAGCCCGAGGUUCACGCUGCCGGUGCCCGGCUUCGAGGGCUACCGCGAGCCGCUUUGCUUGAGCCCCGCUAGCAGCGGCUCCUCUGCCAGCUUCAUUUCUGACACCUUCUCCCCCUACACCUCGCCCUGCGUCUCACCCAAUAACGCCGGGCCCGACGACCUGUGUCCCCAGUUUCAAAACAUCCCUGCUCAUUAUUCCCCCAGAACCUCUCCAAUAAUGUCACCUCGAACCAGCCUCGCGGAGGACAGCUGCCUGGGCCGACACUCGCCCGUGCCCCGUCCGGCGUCCCGCUCCUCCUCACCCGGUGCCAAGCGGAGGCAUUCGUGCGCAGAGGCCCUGGUUGCCCCUCUGCCCGCAGCCUCGCCCCAGCGCUCCCGGAGCCCCUCGCCACAGCCCUCGCCGCACGUGGCACCCCAGGACGACGGCAUCCCCGCUGGGUACCCCCCCACGGCCGGCUCCGCUGUUCUCAUGGAUGCCCUCAACAGCCUGGCCGCCGACUCGCCCUGCGGGAUCCCCUCCAAGAUAUGGAAGACCAGUCCUGACCCGACUCCCGUGCCCACCGCCCCCUCCAAGGCGGGCCUGGCCCGCCACAUCUACCCCGCCGCCGUGGAGUUCCUGGGGCCGUGUGAGCAGGAGGAGAGGAGGAAUUCCGCUCCGGAGUCCAUCCUGCUGGUACCACCCACCUGGCCCAAACAGCUGGUGCCAGCCAUUCCCAUCUGCAGCAUUCCUGUGACUGCGUCCCUCCCUCCGCUAGAGUGGCCGCUCUCCAAUCAGUCAGGCUCCUAUGAGCUUCGGAUCGAGGUCCAGCCCAAGCCCCAUCACCGGGCCCACUAUGAGACAGAGGGCAGCCGCGGCGCCGUCAAAGCCCCAACAGGAGGCCACCCUGUGGUGCAGCUCCACGGUUACAUGGAGAACAAGCCCCUGGGCCUUCAGAUCUUCAUCGGGACCGCAGAUGAGAGGAUCCUUAAGCCGCACGCCUUCUACCAAGUACACAGGAUCACGGGGAAAACCGUUACCACCACCAGCUAUGAGAAGAUUGUGGGCAAUACCAAGGUUCUGGAGAUCCCCCUGGAGCCAAAGAACAACAUGAGGGCCACCAUCGACUGUGCGGGCAUCUUGAAGCUCCGAAAUGCCGACAUCGAGCUGCGGAAGGGGGAGACGGACAUUGGCAGGAAGAACACGCGCGUGCGCCUGGUGUUCCGCGUGCACGUCCCGGAGCCCAGCGGGCGCAUCAUCUCCCUGCAGGCGGCGUCCAACCCCAUCGAGUGCUCUCAGCGCUCUGCCCACGAGCUGCCCAUGGUGGAGAGACAAGAUGUGGACAGCUGCCUGGUGUACGGGGGCCAGCAGAUGAUUCUCACAGGCCAGAACUUCACCGCCGAGUCUAAGGUCGUGUUCAUGGAAAAGACCACAGAUGGGCAGCAGAUUUGGGAGAUGGAAGCUACAGUGGAUAAAGACAAGAGUCAGCCUAACAUGCUUUUUGUUGAGAUCCCUGAGUACCGGAACAAGCACAUCCGUGUCCCUGUGAAGGUGAACUUCUAUGUCAUCAAUGGGAAGAGAAAACGAAGCCAGCCCCAGCACUUUACCUACCACCCAGUCCCUGCCAUCAAGACAGAACCCAGUGAUGAGUAUGAUUCGUCUUUGAUCUGCAGCCCCGCCCAUGGAGGCCUGGGGAGCCAGCCAUAUUACCCACAGCACCCAAUGCUGGCCGAGUCCCCCUCCUGCCUUGUGGCUACCAUGGCCCCCUGCCAACAGUUCCGCUCAGGGCUUUCAUCUCCCGAUGCCCGCUACCAGCAGCAGAGCCCCGCAGCUGCCCUCUACCAGAGGAGCAAGAGCCUGAGUCCGGGCCUGCUGGGCUACCAGCAGCCAGCCCUCCUGGCAGCACCAUUGGGCCUGGCCGAUGCCCACCGUUCCGUGCUGGUGCAUGCUGGCUCUCAGGGCCAGGCGCAGGGCUCCGCCCUGCCACACACAUCCUCGGCCAGCCAGCAGGCCUCACCCGUGAUCCACUACUCGCCCACCAACCAGCAGCUUCGUGGUGGGGGUCACCAGGAGUUCCAGCAUAUCAUGUACUGUGAAAACUUCGGCCCCAGCUCUGCCAGGCCUGGCCCGCCUCCCAUCAGCCAAGGUCAGAGGUUAACCCCGGGCUCCUACCCCACAGUCAUCCAGCAACAGACUGCCCCGAGCCAAAGAGCUGCCAAAAACGGACCCCCGGUCAGUGACCAGAAGGAAGCUCUGCCCACUGGAGUGACAGUCAAACAGGAACAGAACCUAGACCAGACCUACCUGGAUGACGAGCUGAUAGACACACACCUUAGCUGGAUACAAAACAUAUUAUGAGACCGAGUGACUGGUCUUUGAUCCGAGAAAUCAAAGUGAAAGUUAAUGAAAUCAUCAGGAAGGAGUUUUCAGGACCUCCUUCCCGAAAUCAGACCUAGGAACAGACAUUCUCGUAAGACGCCUUCCACUCUGGACCCCUUCUGUCCCCUCCUGCCGUCUCUGACUGAACACUGUGUGUAGGUGCAGCGCAUGGGCUGUUUGUAUAGGAACCUGCUGCCUCCCAAAGUGCAUCUUGGCUGAUGUCCAUGGUGACUGGAUGAGAAAGCAACUGCCUGCUGACCAAAGCCCCGUUCUCAACUCACCAGGAUGCUGAGCCUCAGACCUGAAGGCUCAGAUGCUGAACCUUCAGACAAGGCUGGAGAACUGUGAUAGAGCCCCAGCCCCACAGACAUGGCUCCUCUCCUUCUGAAAGUGUCUUUAGACAGAGCGGCCAAAAGGACACGGCCCCAGAGUCCAGCUUCUGGCUGGAGAAUCCCAGGUCUGUCUCUGUAGGAGCUGAAACUGGAUCGUCAUCUAUGCCCCAGCUGGGCCACAGCAAAGCUUUAUUUUGAAUUUUCUCUUUCCAAAGCCAAACUGCCUUGCCCUGCGAGGACCACCUGCUCCAGCUUCUCCGCCUUAAGUUAUAACACAUGGACAUGUCUGCUAGAGCUUUUUCUCUGCUUCAAAGAGCCAACGAGGUGGCUGUGAGCUGAGCCCUCUUCCUGGCUACUCCCUAACCCGCCUGCAGCAGACUUCUGGGGGGGUUGGGGGUGGGAUCCAGCCCAUGCUCCUCUCUCCACCUCCUCCAGCAGGAGCUGGGAGACCCUACCCUGUCCUUGCAUUGACUGUUAAGGAGCUAAAGCCACCAAUAGAACCGGCAGGUGUUUGUCAUGACUGCUACCAAACAGAACAAAAGGGCUUACAUGUCCCUUUGCCCUAAUCUCAAAGCAGGAAAGCGCUGGCUUCGGCCCCCCCUUUGGUUCUGUUUACCUGGAUUCAUUUAAAGCCUCCACAGACUCUAAAGCGCUGGCGCACGAGCUUCGCGUAACUCAGGCCCAUCAGUCCCGACAUAACAUUACCGUGAGCAAACCCUGUUGGGCCAGGUUGUGUGUCCAGAGGAAUUCUUUCUCCCUGCUUCAGGAACACCACAGUCCUCCUUCACAGUCUUCCUCCCCUGGUGCAGGUUUUGUUUUUGUUUUUGUUUUUUUUCUUCUUCUUCUUCCAACAGAGCUCUUCCAGCAAGAUCACUUUCUGUUUUGCCUUCACCACAGAUGUCCCUGUUGGGCAAGGCACGUAAAGUGACUUUCUCAGCUCUGUGUCCUAGGCAGGGGACCUGGAAGCGCCACAGUGGCUAAAUACCACGGUGGGUUUCUUAACAUCCUGGCUUUCUUCUCAAGGCCAUCCCAAAAGAAAUCUUCCCGGGAGCUGGGACAGCCACGGCUGGCUCUGCAAACAGGGCUCAGCCUGAGCAUGAACAGUGUGGCUCCGUGGUCAAGAUCUAGUCUUUCCUUCCCCUCACAGCAGCCUGGGCUUUCCCUCCACGCACCCCAAGCACAGACCUAAGCAGAAUUCUCUUUUGAACCCAGAAUGUGCACAAGAAGUUGAGCGCUAAAGCCUCUGUGAUUCUAAACAAGAAAGCCUUUCUGCUGGCCCUUGACCGACAGAAGUUUCUAACUGGAAUGGUGCCGGCUUCUCUGGGGAAGGGUGAUGAGGGUUUGGUGAGUGAUCAGUUCACACUUGCCCUGGCUGGGAGCCAAUUUUUGCACAUGAGGGAAUCGGGCCCUUCCUCAGAUCUCUCAAUGUUUUACCCAAGUGCCUUCCUGUAAUUGUAGUGAGUAGUUCGGCGGCAUUGUCCACGGGGUGAGAAAGGGCUAACUCAUUUCCCAUUCAUCUUCUAACCAUGUCAGCAAAGAGGUUCCCGGUAGCUCAGACUCCGGUACCUGCGUGUGCGUGUGUAUACACGCUGCUCUUCCCCUUGCACUGUCUUAGUUGGCUAGCCUAAGAAACCUGCAUCCCAAAUAACCAAGGAAAGAAAGCAACGUUUGUUUCCAGACAAAUAGGCCUGAGAAAGUGUGUGAGUAGCAGACAGCUAUCAAGAAAGUGUGGUCAGUUACAGACUACAGGAGGAACCUGCAGCAGGGGUGGUUGUUAGAAACCAUUUCCAGAAUGGGAAGAUGCAGAAUAAGGACAAAGAUCCCGAGUAGUGAAGACGGGUAUGCCGAAUGUGGGUCGGAAGGGUGGAAGCGGAAGUGUGUCCUUGCCAAAUCCAUGGUGACAUUAGGGUGGCACUCUGACAGUUAGUUCCAUGUUGCUGAAUGUGGUACUUGCUCUGCAAAGUCCGUACAUCCACCCGGAUUAGUAUGGUAUUAAACUUUCUUUUCUUACGUGUAUUUUCAUGUUUUUUAUCUGCCCUCAAAAUAUCUCACCCCUGAUGGAGCUAGAACAUAUUUAUAAAUGGUCAGGUGUCUUCUUAAGGGUCUUUUUUUUUUCUUCUAACAUCAUAUCUUCAUUUUCUGUAAGAGAAACGGUGUACUCUUGAAUGUUUUUUUCAUUCCAGAAAACAAAUCCAAAGACUCGCCUUGGGUCCUGUCAGGACCUUAGAACAGGAGGGAAGGGGACUUCGUAGGAGGAGAGUAUCUUGUUCUUGCUUAAGAAGGAUGCUGGCUCCUUCAGCCUCAAGCCAGGGUUGCCCCUGAGACUUGUACAUGAAGGGGUUAGUUGGUGGUUUUGACCUAAAGCCACAGAACCCUGUCUUCUCAUGGAUGAGAUCCCACAGGCAGGCGGACACUGACAGAGCCUUGUGGAGUCCUCCCAGGACAGCGGUGUGCAGCUUCCAAAGAACGGCCACUUUUCUUUCAGCACAUUGUAGCCAUGGGCAAAGUGAGCUGCUUCCUCCCAAGACCCGAGACAGCUUGUUCACAUGUGGUAUAGUCUGGCCAUCCUGUUAGUCACCGUCCCCGGCCAUCCUAGGGAGGUCAGAAGCCAAGGUGUCUAAAUUGUCACGCAGAACCUGAGGGAGGCUGAAUUGCACCUCAGUGCUCAGCGUUGACAGACCAUGGUGUGGGGGGGGGGGAAGGGAGGAGUGCUACUUCACAACUGUCUUCAUUUGGAGCCCCAGAAAAGAGUGGCCAAGCUAGGCUAAGCAUUCCCAAACUCUGCUGGAAGGGCAGCGCUGGAGAACCCGCUACACCCUCACCACCGUGUCUCCCAGGUUGGGCAUCAAUUCAUGGACCUAAACCAGACAGCUGCAGAGUGAGGGACUUUCCUGCAGUCAGGCCAGCUGCUCAAGUAAGGUCACAUCGCCUCCACCUACGACCAGCUUACCCGUGCCUUGACAUAUAGCCACCAUCAUUGUCUUAAUCCAGUUUGUUUACAGCUAACUAGUGAUGGGCAAGAGCAGGCUUCUCUGACAUCACGGUGGGAUCCUGGGAACUGGAGUCAAAGGGUUAACGCUGUCUCUAUGCAGCCCUGGGGCAGAUGGGAAUAAACUGCCCUGCCCUCUCAGGCUUUAGAUGGUCAGGGUACAGAUGAUGCUGUUGCCUUCUGGUUGGCCAGAACAUACUACAGCAGCAUCCCAGGCAGCAGAGAACCCAUUCCCCUGUCACUUCUCAGCCCACACAGGGAGUCUCACUGUCCUCCAGGUUCUGGGAGGUCACACCAGCUUGGCCCGAAGGCUGGGGUUUAGGGAAAUCCUGACUGUUUGAGGAGUUGGAAUAUACCGCAUUCCUAUGCAAAACAAUUUUAAUCUCCAGUUUCUUGUAGUUUAUUUUUGCUAUAUGUAAAGUAUUUUUAUACGGCUUGUAUGAUGACCGCUUACCAAUAAACAGUUGAGAGCAACUUGAA